AAUCAACAUUUCAUCGACGGCGAAUUUCUAGAGCUCUCACUGGCAGCGCAUUGUGUCAGAGAACAUCAAUUGCAUACUGCGCACUGCACCAAUUAUCUCACAGACACGGACGGUCCAAUCGGAACGAAUACGCAAUGUCGACUCCCACCGCGCUCGAGGUCCGCUCGCUUUACAGAUCACUACUGCGCCAAUCGCGCCAAUUCGCCGCCUACAAUUUCAGAGAAUAUGCAAAGAGACGCACGAGGGAUGCAUUCAGAGAACAUCGCGCCGAGAGCGAUACGCAGAGAAUACAGGAUCUCAUGCAAAAGGGCACAAAAGAGCUGCAAAUAUUAAGGAGACAAACUGUUGUCAGCCAAUUCUUCCAGCUCGAUCGAUUAGUGGUGGAAGGAGGCAAGAGUGGAAAGCAGAAGGGCAAUGCAGGCGACAUCGUCCGACAGAAGGAUACUGGCUGGGACUGAUGUGGAUACGAAAUCAUGAUUGUACAAUAUCAUUCUGUGUUGAAGCAUUGUAUAUGAUGAGAGCGAUCUAUGGGG